AUGGCUGACCCACUUUCGGUUGCGGGACUUGGUGUUGGUGCUGCUUCACUGGUGAUUCAGCUGUGGGGUGGAGUGAAGCAAGGGUACACGUACUUCGAGUCAGCAGUCAACAUGCCGUCUGAAUGCAAGUCUAUCCAGACGGGCCUGAGGAUGGAGUAUGAGCGGCUGCGGGUGUGGGGCGAAAUGGCAAAACUCACGACAGGAGACGGCUACGAUGGCUUCGAUCAAAGCGUCAAGACGCACUUCGGCGUCGUCCUGGCCGUUCUGAGCGAAACCGAUGGCGUGUUGCGCGACAUGCACAAAAGAGCUCUCCACUUCCCCGAGGCUGCCCUGCCCGACGAAUCAGCCAACGACCAAGUCGAGUCUGCGGUGAUGGACAAGUACGACGAGAUCAUCAAAUUCCCAAACGAGGCGACUGAGCAAGAGAAGGGCUCAAGGCUCGUCCGUCGAGCUCUGUGGAUUGCGCGCGGCGUCCGCGGCGUUUCCACCGACCCGAGGCGCAUUCGCUGGGCCAUGGGAUCCGACAAGACAAAGCUGGAGGCCGGACUGCGGAGGCUUCGAACACUUACCGGCUACCUCUAUGACACCGCCGAAGAUCAGAAGCUGGACAUGCUGCUCCAGGACACGCACGAGAUCCGCCUGGCAUUGCUCCAGCUACUGCCCAACGGUACAGCAAUCGAGUCCAUACGACAGGACGACUCGGCCUUCUCAGACAGCAGCACCAUGGUCGGGAGCGAGUCGCGGACAAACGUCAUUGCCACGAACAGGCAGCGCCAAUCUCUGUUCGACCGUUUAGCCAUCUUCAGCAACCACUUCGCCCAGACAAACGCGCCUUCUUGGGACGAGAACGAGUGCCUCCCUCUCCUUCUCGACCUGCCCGGUCUGGCCAGCGCGGAUGGACUUGCGAGCCGAGCCAUCACCACCUUGGGCGGCGAGCGCGUCUGGAUUGAGUGGAGACCCUACGACGUGGCCUACUUUGCAGACGCCACCGACGCCCAUUCAUACCACGCCGAUGCCAGGCCCGAAGUCCAGAAGUGUGUUCGACGCCUCGCACAGCUGCUCCACGAUGACGCAAAGCCUGCCGAGUUCCAGGUGCCCCACUGCCGCGGCUUCGUCCAAGACAAACACCGGUCGCGCUUCGGCUUCGUCUAUGACCUGCCCAGUCCCUCGGAAGACGCCAGGUUGACGACCCUUUUCGACCAAUUGUCCUGUCCCGACAAAACAACCCCCUCCUUGGACAGCAGGCUCGCCAUGGCCCGCAAGCUUGCCACGACCGUGUUCUGCCUCCAUGCCGUUAAGUGGCUGCACAAGAGACUUAGCAGCCCCAACGUGCUUCUAUUCACAGACGGAGGGAGACCCGACCUGGCUAGUCCAUACGUUUCCGGCUUUGAAUCAUCGCGCCCAGAUGAAGGAGCGACCAUGACCAUGCCGUCCAAGGACCCCGACUGGACGCUGGUCUACUGCCACCCAGACUACAUCGAAGAGAAGAGGCGUGUGUUUGGCAAGACGUACGACCUCUACAGCCUCGGCCUCAUUUUGUUGGAGAUUGCGUACUGGAAGCCCGUGGUCGAGAUAUUCGGGAUCAGCAAAAAUCUGGUGGUGAAUCGAGCCAUGGUUGACCGGAUCCGAGACAGUCUGCUGGGUCCAAGUAGCGAGCAGCUGACCCACGUCCAGGCUGCCAUGGGAAAGCGGUAUUGCGACGCACUUCGCACCUGUGUCGGCGGCCUGGACGGCUUCAGCCUCAAAUCCGACGCCGACGAGGCCGAUCCCGUCAUCGCCGCCAUGGUCCAGCAGGCAUACAUGCGCUUGGUGGUUGAUGUGCUGAAUCAUAUCACCCUUCCUCAACUUUCAUCGCCCGUCAUGUCCGCGGAAAACUUCGCCCUUGAGGGCGACUGGGACAUCGUCUCCAUCGACGAAGACUCGUCUGAUGUCGCCAGCGAACAUGACAGCUCCAGCGAGCAAUCAUACGACUGCUGGGUAACGGCUCCAUCUCCCCCAGCUGGAUCCGUUACUGCACCCGCGCCGGCUCCCACAGAUGUUCCUGCUCUCGCAGCUGUCCCUGUUCCCGCGGCUGUCCCCGUUCCCGCGGCUGUUCCUGCUCCCACGGCUGUUCUUGUUCUCGCGGCUGUCCCUUCUCCCGCACCGGUCCCUCCUCCCGCAGCAGCAGCAGUUCCCGCUCCCCGUCCCGCCGCCGUUCCCCGUCCCGCUCCCCGUCCUGCAGCUCCCCGUCCCGCUCCCCGUCCCGCCCCCGCCGCUGUCCCCGUCCGCACUGCCGCCCCCGCUCCCGCAGCAGCAGUAACAACAACAACAACAACAACAACAACAAACGGCCCCCCCCACCCCCCCACCAGAAGAAGAUCAAGAACCGCGGGCCCGAGGACCCAGAACGACCGCGACCACGACCGCGACCGCGACCGCAACCGCACCUACGCCAUCCGCCUCCGCGUGCGCCUCCCCUCCCCGCUCCUCGUCCGCGGCCUGCGGAUCUUGCCGGUCGCGUUGGUGGUGUGGCUGGGCGCGGAGCUGGGCCGGAGCCUGGCGCUGGGCUUGGUGUGCCGGAGCCUGGCGCUGGUGCUGGUGCUGGCGGCGAGGCUGCUGCUGCUGGAGCUGGCGUCGGCGGCGAGUGUGCUGCUGCUGGAGCUGGUGCUGGUGCUGGAGCGGGUGCUGCACGACGACGACGAAGUCGUGGCGGCGCCGUCGUCGUCGGAGGGGGCGGCGUUGCGUCACGGGCUUUUCGUCGAGGGCGACGAUGCCGUGGUGGAGCUGUGGGUGCCGGUGUUCGCGCUGGAUUUGGCGCUGAUCGCUGCGAUUUUUCUUUUUUGA